UGCUGUUAUAGGCGGUCGUCUCAAGCGGGCAGCACUGGACCGGUUGCAUUCUGUGGUCAACUAUUUUAUAAAAUCUCCACCUUGCCAAAACACCACGAAUACGGUGGAAAUAUGGCAACUCGGAGGCUGCUGUCAGCCACAAUCCCCCGUCUUCUUGAGACAACCACGACCAUCAUUUGAACAUGGAAUUAAGGAUGCAUGAAAAUAAACGGAGUGCAAAGAUUUUGAGAGAGAAAGAGAGAACGUUCGGGUCCGCGCAUUGUAUUUCAGCAUCAGACUGACUGCAUUGCCGACAGCCAUACAUAAUUGGUGAACAUUGGCGUAUGAUCUUUUAGUUAUAUUGAAUUAGAACAUUCUGCUUUACAAACGGUCUGAGAGGGAAAAACCGGUAGAUGUCAAUUUCUUCAUGUCAUCGUCUAAUUGAACAGGAGAAAAAAUGAGUGAACAGAGUAUCUGCCAAGCCCGUGCCUCAGUCAUGGUGUACGACGACACCAGUAAGAAGUGGGUUCCAAUCAAGCCGGGCCAGCAGGGCUUCAGCCGCAUCAACAUCUACCACAACACGGCCAACAACACCUUCCGCGUGGUCGGGGUCAAGCUACAGGACCAACAGGUAGAGGUGGUGAUCAACUACUCCAUAGUGAAGGGGCUGAAGUAUAACCAGGCCACGCCCACCUUUCACCAGUGGCGCGAUGCCAGGCAGGUUUACGGCCUCAACUUCGCCAGCAAAGAGGAGGCCACCACCUUCUCCACAGCCAUGAUGUUCGCUCUCAACACGCUCAGCUCGCAAGACGGAGGCCCUGCUGUCCAACGCCAAAAUGGGCCCUCCUCAGAAGACCCCGAUGUACAGAGGAGGCAAAUGAUGGAGCCACAUCAGAUGCAGGGAGUGGCCCACAAAGAGAGGGAGCGACGGACAUCUGGCUCAGUUGUUUCCACCCUCCAAUAUAAGGUGUCCUCCCCUCUCUCUCACCCCUCCAACACCCCUUUUGAGUAUAGACACUAUCGGGCCGCCACACUGCCGCCCUCCUAUGCCCGAGUGGCCUCCAACUCCUCCCCUUCCUCCUCUUCCUCUUCCUCCUCCCACGAGAGAGAGGUGGCAGGCGGACGGGCUGGCGACAACUCCUCCCAGCUCUCCCAGCUCUCCACUUCCCUGGUCUCGGCCUUCUCCCCCGUGCAGCCAGGGUUGCCCACGGCCCUGACCCGGCAGGUGCGCCAGAUCCCCCUCUCUCCCCCCACGGCGCGGGCUCUCCACCACACCAAGUCCCUCCACCAGGGUGACCCCCAGCAGGACCCUGUGCUGCUCCCCAAACACGGCACCUGGUCCACCUCCCACACCCACAUAUACGGCCCCGUGCACAUGCCUCCCGUACCCCAGCCUGUCCUCCCAGUGGCCCUCCCUCUGCCGCCCCGCCACAGCCGGGUCAAGCCCCACCCCCUGGACCAGGCCAGCCAACCCCAUAUCCCGCCCCACCUCCCCCACGCCAAUGGCCAAUCAGAGGACUAUUAUAACCUCGCUCAGCAGCAACAGCAGCAGCUAGGUUACUGUGAGGCUACCUCCUUGCCCCCUCUGAUUGGUCAGUCUGCGCAGGGCCACGUCCCCGUCUCCUCCAACCAACCCCAGUACCCCUCCUCAUUCCACCCCCAGCAACAGAUGUCCCAGGCCGCGCCACCACCACCACCAGCAGCCCAAUUCUCUCCCCCCUCAUACACCCCAGCCCCAUCAGAGUGGGGCUCACCCAAGCAGACACCCUCUCCCGUCUCUCAGGCUGCCACGGCAACCUGCAGUCCGGUUUCUCUCCCCGCCAUGCUCGCUGUGGCCCCACCGGUGGCCCCCCCUGCCCCUAUGGCACCUAUGGCCCCCCCUCCUCCACCGGGCCCCCCGCCUCCGGCCACAGUGCCACCGCCCAUGCCCCCCCCACUACCGGUUGGUGGAGGGCACGGAGGGCCUCAUUUAGAGGGGGCAGGGAAUGAGCUGGCGCAGCCACUCUCAGGACUGGCUGCUGCCCUGGCUGGAGCCAAACUCCGCAAAGUUGCAAGGGAUGAGAACAGUCCGCCAGGAACAGGUGUAGCCAAGAACGAUGGCAACCGCUCCAGUGGAGGUAGUGGUGGUGGAGGGGAGGGGCUAAUGCAGGAAAUGAACGCCCUUCUAGCACGCAGACGGAAAGCCUCAGAGAAACCUGAAGAGGAGGAUCCCAAGCCAGGGCAGAACUCCACAGAUGCAGGGAAGAAUCCAUGGGACCGAGCCAACUCUGUAGACAAGGCCUCACUGGUAUCAAGGGUGCGACCAGUGGGCAGCACUAGUGAGGGAGACCUAGACUUUGACAGGAUGAAGCAGGAAAUCUUGGAUGAAGUUGUACGUGAAUUGCAGAAGGUGAAAGAUGAGAUCAUUAAUGCCAUUAGACAAGAAAUUGGUCGAAUCCAUACAUGUUAAUCUGUGGACAACAGGAUGUGCUGAAGGAUAAGAAGAUGUGCUGGAAAGGAAUGUUCUCAACGUUUCUGUGACGCUGUGAAAAUAUUGCUGUGACGCUGCAGAAAGGUUGAGCCAACAUUGAGUCUGCUGUGCAGAACAGAAAGGUGAAGAAGAAAAAAAAGUUGGAGAAAGAAAGUGAACGAGAGAGAAAAAUAAUGGUUAAAUGAACAAAGGAUGUGCGGACGGAAGGAUGGACGGACGCUUGCACCUUUUUCAUUUUUUUCCCCCCAUUUCUGUGCAUUUCGAGACAGUCCAGUUUGCAGCUCUCAGUCUGUUCUAAGUCUUACAAAAGAAAAUAUUUUUGUUUUCUAAGUUACCGUUUUAUUAUUAUGAUUUUUUUUAACUGAUUAUUUUAUUAUUCGUACCAUUAUAUAUAUAUAUAUAUAGAGAGAGAGAGAGAGAGAGAGAGACAAAAGACAAACUGUUGUUCUACAUUAGCGGGUUCUAGAGGAAACUUGCACACCAAUUACAUCAGCCUUUUAUAUUUUAUAAUGAUUUCCUUUUCCUUAGGUGUUUGACCAGCACGUAUGGCACAUACUAUGCUUUAGUCACCUGACCUCAGUUUUUAAAAAGCUUGUUAUCUAUUUACCAGUAACAGAGCAGUGUUCAUUGGGCCCCAAAUGGAAGAAAACUGACAAACAGGGAGGGACUACCGUUCUCCAUUGUAAAAAGUUUUUAAAAUAUGUUCCAUUUUGUGCCCUAAUAAACACAACCACGGUGUAUAAAAAUCACUGUAAUUUGGGGAUCAUUCACAAAACGUACCAACACCUGUAAAUUCACCAUCUACGUAUUCCCAAAAUAGAUCAAAUGAUCCCUAGGCUGCCCCUACGAAACCCAUACAGUAGUCUAUAUCAGAGGUGUCAAACGCGGUCUUCAACAAGGUCCGGAGGGCCGCACUGAAAAUUAGUUACAUUUCCUUGCUGUCAAAAUUUGCACCCCCCCCCAAAAAAAUGGUCUAUCUAUCGUUUUGGGACUUCGAUGCUGCCCGAUUGUCCACCUUUCAUUUUGGUGAUUAUUAGCGAGUUGGACACAGUCAAGAAACUGUAUGAAUGGAGGUCCAUUAUCAUUUAUACACAGUUUCGACUUGGUUUUAGUCAUUUUUGUGUAUUGAGUCCCCCCCCCCAACUAAAAAAAAUAAAAAUAUGCAAAAAAAAGUAUUGUUUUUACUCAAACCACCCCUCACGGGCCGUAUGUUUGACACUCCUGGUCUAUAUGGUUUGAUCCGGUGUAUUAACCAUGCAUUUUUUUUUUAUUGGGUUUUAAAAAUGGUGGUACAUUUACAAUGGUGGUUUGUUUUUUUGUGAAUAUCCUCCUUGCUAUUUAAAGUAACUGUCCAGAUUUCAAUGAAAUAUGACCUAUAAUUACAAUAUGAAUGAAAUACUUAAAUUACAAAAAGCAUGUUAAAAAGCAGCUUUUCUGUGUUGGAAUGGUAUCUUAACAACAGAAUGGUGUGGGUGUAUACCGAUCAUUAAAAAUAUUCACGCGAGUAAACCGCUGAUUGGCCAGCUCAGCCAAUGAUGCAGGAUGACAUCAUUCUCUAUGAGGAAAUAGCAUUUUUUAAUCGGUCUGUUUGAGAUACAAGUUUGAGGUGGGGUUUUUGAAGUGUUUUUUUUCCUCCAAUUCAUGCUUUGGCCACAUACGAGUGUAGGAUGAGUCAUCAACAGAAUAUGGACAUUUAAAAGUGAGAUUUUCACUGGACAGUUACUUUAAGGUUGAACUUGAAAUGUGAAAAUGGAGCCAGUUGCAAAAUUAAAAGUAUACAUAAAUCAGUGCAAAAGUUAUUUGUGAUGAUAGGGGGAAAAUAUGAUUGGGGGAAAAUAUGAUUGAAUAUCGGUUGUGACAUUCACUUUGACUAAGUUCUGAAUUAAAUUUCAAAAAUCGAAAAGUAAAUGAAUUUAAACCAAA